AUGGCCCUCCUUAUCGGAGUCCGUUCGACAAAUUUUGGGAUUCAAGAGACACGCUUACCUAUAAAAGUGAUUCACAAGUGGUUUUCAACUGAGUUCAAUCAAACACUGAGAACAGAGCUUUCGUCAACAAUUGACGUCAAGAAAUUAAUCAAAAAUUGGUCAAACAGAGAAGCAACAUGUCAUUUGUACCAUCAGAGAUGA